AUGGAAUAUCCAAAAGGAUUAGAUCCAUUUAAAUCAAGACAAAAUUUAUUACAUCAUACAUUUUCACCAUUAAUUUCAAUACAAUCUACUCAUAAUGUUGAUAUUUUUUUUCAACUGAUUUUAGAAAAUGAUAAUGACAAUACUAAUGGAAAUAAUGAAAUUAUUUCAACUUUAAAUAUUUUAAAACCUUUUGGUAAUAAUUCAAGAUAUGGUAUACCUAAUCAACAAUUUAAAAUUAUAAAUAAUCAAUUAAUUACAAAAAAUUAUAAUAGUUUUCCAAUUAGAUUUGAACCAUCAUUACCUGAAUUAUUAUCAAUUUCUUAUGCUCAACAACAACAACCACAUCUUAAAAAUCAUUUAAAUAAUAAAAAUUUACAUAAUAAUCCACUUGAUUCUUCCUCAUUAAAUUCUGAAUCUUCUUCAUCAAGUACAAAAUUAUCAAAUAGUGGAUCACUACCGCCAAUUGAUUCAUCAUCAUUACAUUUUGAUUCUCCACAAUUAGAUCAAUUGUUUAGUAUUCCAUCAUUAGAACAUUAUUUACGUCAUAUUAAUAAAAAGGAAAAAAAUUCAAUAGAUAAAGAAGAAAAAUUAUAUUUAACAUUUUUUAAUAAAAUUAUAACAACAAAUAAAAUAACUUCAUUUGAAACUUUUAAUCAUCCUAUAAGUCAAAUAUUUAUAAUAGAUUUUGAAAAUGAUUCAAUUGAUGAUUUACGUAAACUUAUAGUUGAUUUUAGAAAUUAUAAUUUCCCAAAAUUUUUUCAAAUUGAUGAUUUAUUAAUCCAUGUAUUUAUAAUUUAUGAUUCUACAAAAUUUGAUUCUAAAGAUUUAUUAGUUUUACAAAAUGAAAUAAGAAUUAAAUUGAAUAUAGACAGUAUUUCAAUACCAAUGAAAUUAAAAUGUGAUUUAGAAAAAGAAGAAAUUAAAUAUUCAUUAAUAUCAUCUAUUGAAAAUUGUACAAUUGAAGAAGAUUUACAAAGAUUAACUUUAAAAGAUACCACCACUAGUUUUAAAAUUCCAGAAUCAAUAGAUACUUCAUUAAGAAUAACAGUUUAUAAUUUUAUUAAUAAAUUUUUAAUACCUCAUAUGCAAACCAAGAUAAGAUUAUGGGAUGAUCAAAUGUUACAACCUAAAAAAUCAAUAACUGGUAGAUUUUUUUCAGCAUCUAAAAAGUUUUUCAAUAAUAGUGAUUCAAAUUUAUUAUCAAUUAAUUCAUCAUCAAUGAAUCCAUCAUCAUCUCAAUCUUCUUCUAAUCAAUCAUCAUCUUUUAAUUAUCAAGAAAUGUAUUAUUAUAAAUCAUCAGCCGAACAAAUUAUAAGAAAAUUAGCAGAUUGGUCACUUAUACUAAAUGAUUUCAAACAUGCAUAUUCCACAUAUGAUUUAAUAAGAAAAGAUUAUAGUAAUGAUAGAGCAUGGAUUUAUGUAGCAUCAACUCAAGAAAUGUGUAUAAUCUCAUUACUUUUAGCUCAAACUCAAUAUUUAAAUUCUUCACAACAAAAACAAACAAUACCAGAUAAAAAUACAUUACGUAAAAUUAAACAUGAUAUUAUAGAACCAUUUAUGGAUAAUUUAUCAUAUACUUUUAAAUCAAGAUUAAAUUUGAAAACUUAUUCUGUUAAAUCUUUAUUAAUGUGUAUUGAAUUAAUUCAAGCAAUGAGUCAAAUGUAUAAUAUAUCAAAUUGGUGGAUUGAUUUAAUUGAAAAAUAUUUAUUAAAAUUAAUACAAGAAUUUGAUACACACCUAAAUAAUUCAUCACAGCAGUUACAACAACAACAGCAACAGCAGCAGCAGCAACAACAACCACAACAACAGAACACAAAUCAUUCAAUUAUAAAAUCAAUAUUAUUUGAAAGAUUAGGAUACGCAAACGGGUAUCAUUACUUAACAAACGAAGAAACAACAACAACAACCGAACUUCAAAAAGAAAUUUUAGAAGAAGGAGCAUAUUUAAAUACAUUAAAGUUACCACCUUUAAGUUCAACUAUUGGAUUGACUAGAAUGAGAAGGUCAAAAUUAUGGUAUCAUUUAGCUAAAAUUAAUCAAAAAGGUACAAAUUUUUGA